AUGCCACACUCCGGUGCACAGAAGGGCAGUUCUCUGACUCUGGUGCUAAUGGUUGCUUCUGCAGCCAUUGGAGGAACUCUUCAGUAUGGCUAUAAUCUUGCCAUAAUGAAUGCCCCUACAACUUUUAUUCAAACCUUUAUCAAUGAGACAUUCCUGGAGCGCUGGGACAUCCAGUUGGAGGAUUACCAGGUGACGCUGGUCUGGACAAUCAUUGUCUCCAUCUUCUCACUGGGGGGCUUUGCUGGAGCUCUUAUUGCAGGACCUAUGACCAUACGCUUCGGAAGGAAGAAAUGUCUGCUGUUGAACAACAUUUUCCUCAUGACUGGCGCACUCUUAGCUGUGACAAGCAGAGCUACCAAGUCUUUUGAGAUGAUCAUCAUCUCGCGGGUCCUGGUUGGAAUAAAUGCUGGAAUCAGCAUGAAUGUGCAGCCCAUGUACUUUGGAGAAAGCGCACCAAAGCACUUACGGGGGGCUAUCUCAUUGUCAUCGGCUGUUUUUACAGCAUUUGGUGUCGUGUUAGGACAGGUGGUCGGACUCAGAGAGAUUUUGGGCAGUGAGCCGUGUUGGCAGUACCUCCUUGCUAGUAAUGCCAUUCCUGGCCUCAUUCAGCUCCUGACCUUGCCGUGGUUCCCAGAAAGCCCCAGAUACCUGCUCAUUGACAGGGGGGACAAGGAGGCUUGUAUUAACGCUCUGAGACGUCUACGUGGCUGUGACGUCCAGAGCAGCGAGCUCGAUGAGAUUCUGCAGGAACAGGCUGAGACCAAAGGCCUGAGACCCAGCAGACCCUGGGAGCUGUUUACUGAUCGCUCUGUUCGCUGGCAGCUCAUCUCCGUCAUGAUCAUCAGCAGUGCCAUGCAGCUCUGUGGUAAUGACUCGAUUUAUUUCUAUGCAUCGUAUGUGUUUAAAGAGGCCGGAAUAGCUGAUGAUAAAAUCCAGUAUAUCACUAUUGGCACUGGUACAUGUGAAUUCACAGCCUGUAUAAUGUGUAACCUGCUCAUCGAGCGCAAAGGUCGAAGAUUCAUGCUGAUGGGAGGUUUUAUCCUCAUGACCAUCUGGGCUGUCGUCUUCACAAUCGCACUGUCAUUUGAGCACCACAUUUCCUGGAUGCCGUACCUGAGCAUGGGCUGCAUCUUCACCUACAUUCUCAGCUUCGGCAUGGGACCAGCUGGAGUUACCGGCGUUCUGCCGACAGAGAUCUUCAAUCAGACGGCUCGGCCUGCAGCCUACAUGAUCGCUGGCUCCAUGAUGUGGCUCAACCUUUUCAUCAUUGGAAUGAUCUUCCCAUUUCUAGUGAGCGAGCUGAGUGAGUACUGCUUUGUGCCUUUCGGAGUGGUCUGCCUGCUGUCUGCGCUCUAUGUCGGCCUGUUUCUGCCCGAGACCAAGGGCAAGUCUCUGUCAGUCAUCACAAGAGAAUUCCACAAGCUCAACUUCAAAGGCCAGGACAGAAAGUGUCCAUCACAGACUCAAGCUCAGUAUCAGCUGGGUGAAGUGUGUCUUUCCACAGCCUUGUAG